AUGGUCCGGAUAUCGGCCUUCGACGUGGAGCAAUGGAUGGACGAGUACGAGACCACCCCGGGCUGCCUCAACAUCGCCGAGACCUGCGCCGCCUCCGUCUCCGUAAAUGACCUAGUCACCCUCUCCGAAGACAAGCACGCGCCCGGCCCCGUCGACCUCUCCACAAAGCUAGUUUACGGCCCCAUCCGCGGCUCCGCCCGGCUCCGUCAAAGAGUCGCGGCGCUCUGUAGCGGCGCCGGGGCCGGCUCGAAUGACUCAACUCCCGGCGUGCUCUGUGAAGACGACGUGCUCAUCACGCAGGGCGCCAUCGGUGCCAACUUCCUGCUGCUGUACACCCUGGUGAACCCCGGCGACCACGUCAUAUGCGUGUAUCCCACGUACCAGCAGCUCUACAGCGUCCCCGAGAGUCUCGGCGCAGAUGUCUCCCUGUGGAGGCUCAAGGAGGAGAACGGCUUCGUGCCGGAUGUGAGCGAAAUCGAGGCCUUCGUCAAGCCCAACACAAAGAUGAUCAUCGUCAACAACCCAAACAACCCAACCGGCAUCCCCAUCCCAACGCCAGUCCUCGUCUCCCUCGUCGCCUUCGCCAAAGCCAGAGACAUCAUCCUCUUCUCAGACGAAGUCUACCGGCCCCUCUUUCACAACCUCUUCUCUUCCUCAAGCGGGGACGUGGAUGUGCCCCCGCCCCUCACAACCUUUGGCUACCCCAAAGUCGUCGUGACAGGCUCAAUGUCCAAAUCCUACGCCCUGGCCGGCAUCCGCAUCGGCUGGAUCGCCUCCGCAGACAAAUCCAUAAUCCAAGCCGUCGCCUCGGCGCGCGACUACACCACCAUCAGCGUCUCCCAAAUCGACGACCAAAUCGCCUCCUACGCUCUAUCACCACCCGUCUAUGCGCCGCUUCUACGUCGGAACGUCGGGCUCGCCGUUACCAACAAGGCUCUCCUUGAAGCGUUCAUCGAGAAGCACAAGGGCGUGUGCUCCUGGGUGAGGCCGUUGGCGGGAACGACUGCGUUUAUACGCUUCACCCACAGGAGCGGCGAGCCGGUGGACGAUGUGCGGUUCUGCUUGGAUGUGCUGAGGGAGACGAAUGUGUUCUUCGUGCCGGGGUCAAAGUGUUUUGGUCAUGGGAGGGACUUUAAGGGGUACGUGAGGAUUGGGUAUGUGUGUCACACCGAGGUGCUUGUGGAGGCUCUCGAGAAACUUGAGGCGUAUAUGCGUGUAGCGUUCCCGGAGUAG